AUGGAUUAUGAGAAAUUUCUGUUUGAUGAAGUAAUAGAUUCAUAUUUCAAGAAUACACCUUUACCAGAAUGGACAUAUAUGGGAUAUCUGAAAACAAUAAGGCCUUACUUCAUUUCUGAAGCUCGUAUGUUGAAAGACCAAAAAGCUAUCUGGAGAAAACGUUAUCUUACUUACUUAACCAAAUGUGAGAUCGUGCAACCUGAAGAGCUUAGAGAGGGUGUCGUUCCUUCUCUAAAUAUGGGGUGUCGUUCCUCGGGAUCUCUACCUGAAGAAGAUUUUUGGAAUGACGUUAAAAUAAAGAAACAACUAAUGAACAAAGAGCAAAAUCCAUAUAUAACCGCUUCUCCAUCGGUUUCUACAUUGGUUGCAUUCCCAUUUACCAAAAACACGAUG